CCAAUCCAACUAGGUUAUUUCUAGUGUUCAUGGCCAGUGGUGGUAGCACUUGGGGCAUCCGUCUUUCGCUUUAAAGAGCCGCCUCUUCCCUUUCGAAGAUCCCAAAAGCCACCAGCAACACCUCUUCAAGUAAUAUCAACACCACCUCUUCUCUACAACAUCGUACUCUCCGCCUCAUCUGAAGAAACCUCGCCACCCCACCAAAAUGACAACAGUGAACGCUCCCUUCCAAAGUGUGCUCAAAACUGCACUCCAAAAUCGGUUUACCAGCGCCAUUGUCAAGAGCCCAUCCUCACUUGGAUCAGUAAGGAGUGUCUCUAAGUCAUUUGGCUUGAAAUGCUCCCCCAAUUACAAAGCAUCAAUGGCAGUGUACAAGGUUAAGUUGAUUACACCAGAAGGCACAGAGCAUGAAUUUGAAGCUCCAGAUGACGUGUACAUCCUAGAUGCCGCUGAGAAUGCAGGAAUUGACCUGCCUUAUUCUUGCAGGGCUGGGGCUUGUUCUACCUGUGCUGGGAAGGCGGCAUCAGGUUCUGUUGACCAGUCUGAUGGUUCAUUCCUCGAUGAGAAUCAAAUGGGGGAGGGCUAUCUUCUAACUUGCAUUUCCUAUCCAACUUCUGACUGUGUGAUUCACACUCACAAGGAAGGUGAUCUUUACUGAGGGCUUUUGCAGUCAGAAAUCGGAAUUGACUUGGAAUGUAGUUCUGUGAUUGUUAUGGAUCAUUGAAAUGAUGGUAAAGGCUGUCAUAGACCUUUAUUUCUGUAGGGAUUUCGUCUUUGUUGUGUAAUUCCAAUAUGGUUUCUUCUACACGGUACUGUAGUAAAUAAAUAGAUGCUGCGAUUGAUUUCUGAA